GAAUCCCAUUGCACACCUUUCAGUCACAGCACAGCUGACGUAAUGACGUGAUUGGUGAAUUACAAGGAAAUUGGUGGGUUAUUCGUGGACAUUUCAUUAAUUGUGGACGAUACUGCUUAUUGCUGCUUAACCUAAGUGAGUCUCUAGAGCUCUCAAGAGGUAUUUUCUACUCAAUUUUGUAGAAUCAAGCCAUGGCUCUGGGGGCAGGAACGGGGGACCCAAGUCCUCUAACUCUACAGGAAUUGAUGAUAGAAUACACGUUGAAUGAUCUAAGAACUGUUUGUGUGGUGGACACCAAUGGAAAGGUUGUUUCACUUCGUGAGGAUGCGUACCUCCCCAGCGUUAUCAGCGAUAGGAUUAUCAACACUCUGGCAAGGAGAGGCACCCUGGAUGAUAGCAAACUACAAGCGCUGUGUGACAGGAACAGAGUCCAGCUGAAAAAAAUCAAUCUAAGUCGGACAGCCCUUUCUGAUGAAAGCCUGGAGAAGCUGUCCAGCCACAAACUUAUUGAGUUAGACAUCUCGGAAUGUGAGAAUCUUAGUAAAGACUGCUUGCCGUCCUUGCUCAAGUUCACAUCCCUUCAGCUACUGAAUCUUCACAGGUGUAGAGAUGCCCUAGAGAAGUACGGACUCCCGUUAUUUGACUUUCCUUUGAAGAAUUUAAGGAGUCUGAACAUAGGGUAUACAGACUUGAGUGGGGUACAACUGCAUUGUCUUGUCCAAGAGCUAAGGAACCUGACUGUAUUAGAUGUCUCAAGGGUGGUGAAGAAUGGUGAUCUUUCUUUCCUUGAUCCUGUCAGGCAUCAGCUUAGGUCUUUAGUGCUUCAUGAUUGCGUUCUUGUUGAGAGCAGUUUGGAGUAUGUAUGUACCUUACCACAACUCAGGCAUUUGGAUAUUUCUGUCAACAACGAGGGUUACAAACUUCCUCUGACGACAGCCAUGUUAAAGUGCCUUGUGAAAAGUCUCUCUUCACUCCUCUCUCUCGACCUAUCUGGUAACGACAUUACAAAUCACCCAAGAAAUGAAAACAAUGAUGGAGAUGCAAAAAUGGUCGAUAAUGGAAAUCAAGUAGAACUUCAAGAUCUUGCUCAAGGAAUAAUAGUGGACGAUGAGGAUGAUUCAUCGUCAUCAUCGUCAUUGGAAGACAGAGCGGAGGAGCUGGACUCAGAGUAUGAAGAGGAUGAUGAUGCUGAUGGUGGUGCUAGUGGUGCAGCUGGAAGGGAUGUAGCGGACAGUAGGCCUGAUCAGGCUGAGAAACCAAUGGAUGUCGACGACCACGAUGAUGUGAACGUUGGAAUUAGUAGGAUGGAGAGUAGGAAAAAGAAUGAGGAGGAGGAGGAGGUGGAGAACAUUGUUAGUAGUAUUGAUGGACUGAAAGGAUUAAGACAUAAGCUUCAUUUUCUAGGACUUGUUGGAAUGGAUGAGUGUGAAGCGGAACACAUACCAGCUAUCAAGGUUGCUGGUGUUGCUAAUGAAGAUCAGAUCCUAGUCACCGUAGAGGUGUAUCUUGAAAGGAGAGGUUUCCUGCUGAAAGGACUUAACGCCUAUUUUGAUAUUCUCAGAGUCAUCAAUUGCCAAUCGCCUCUGAGAGCUGUACAGGGUAUAAUAAAUGCUAUGAAGAGGUAUCCCAGCGAUAGCCAAAUACAAAUAUCAGGAAGUGCAUCAUUAUUUCAUCUCACAAGAGGAAAUUACAAGAAACAUCUCACAAAAACAUGGAGACAAGCGGUAAUCAGCUGUCUUCUAGAUGCCAUAGAGGUGGUAGAUAGUGUGACUCUCCUACGGAACUGCGGCUUGACACUCUUUAAUUUCUCCAUCCCUGAAGACUUUCAGUUCCAGUUUGAACGCGUUGUCAAGAACCUUGUUAAACUUGCGCUGACCGAGGACAGAGAGGGCCUCCUUCAACGAGUUUACGUUCACAUGUGCAAUUCAAUUGUCUGUCAUGUCGAAGGCAGACAGAAGCUAUUGGUCGGCAAGUUGGGCAUCAUCACAUGUAUGUUGAAGCUGAUCAAAGAUCGUUUGGAUCGUAAGAUAUGUGAUGAAGUAAUGGAGACAGCAUGGAGUACUCUAUGGAAUGUAACAGAUGAGACAGCACACAACUGUGAACUCUUUCUACAUGGUGAUGGCAUGCAGCUCUUCCUCAGAUGUAAAGAAACUUUCCGGUCAAGACCAGAGCUUCUCCGAAACAUGAUGGGACUUAUGGGUAAUGUGGCAGAGGUCAAAGCACUAAGACCGCAUCUUAUCCCUCAUGUACCUGUCUUCGCAUCUCUCCUCCAGGAUAGAACUGAUGGUAUUGAGGUGAGUUACAACGCGGCUGGCGCCCUCGCUCACAUGGCUUCAGACGGUGAGGAUGUAUGGAAGGCUAGUACCCGUCGUGAUGAGGUCUUGAAUAAGAUGGCCGAUGCUAUUGAAUCCUGGCAGCUUGAUGAACAAAGGAACAUUAACUACAGGUCAUUUGAACCAAUUCUUCGAUUACUGAAUACCUACCACACUCCUCAAGUUCAACUCUGGGCGACAUGGGCCCUGGCCAAUCUCUGUACAGUCUCAAGAGAGAAGUAUUCUCGUUUACUGGUGAGCGAGGGCGGGCUGAAGAAGCUAGAGGACCUUGUUGCGAGACCUGAUACUUGGUCACGUGUGACCUACUUUGCUCAGAUUGCUAUUAGACUGUCACAGCAAUACAGAGACUAAGCUCCAUUUGCAUUUGUUUUGGAAUCAAUGCUGAACUUGUGAACUGAUGUGUAAUAUGGUCGCUAUUGUUGCUUUGUGAAUGUGAAGGAGCUGUCACACCAGGGUCCGUUUCAUAAAGCUGUUCGUAAGUUAAGAGCGACUUUAAGAACGACCGGUGAUCCUUUCUUGUGGUAAAUGGUAUAUUCACUGGUGAUGGUUAAGCACAUAAGAAAGGAUCACCAGUCGCUCUUAAAGGCGCUCUUAACUUCCGAACAGCUUUAUGAAACGGACCCCAGGUGAAUUUUUCAUAAAGCAGUUCGUAAGUUACUUGCAACUUUACUAACAACUUGUGAUCCAAUUCUUGUGGUAAAUGAUAACACAAGAUUUCAAAUUGGUGUUGAUUUAGUCCCUAAGAAAGGAGUCACAAGUCAUUCCUAAAGUCAUUUGUAACGUGUGAACAGCUUUAUAAACCCCUACCUAGUGGGUGUAAGCCAGUGUAUGCUAGCAUACUGUACAAGUAGCCAGUCGUUUUUGUCUCACCUGCAUAGCAGAGUGAGACUAUAGGCACCGCUUUUCCGACGGCGGCGGCGUCAACACCAAAUCUUAACCUGAGGUUAAGUUUUUGAAAUGACAGCAUAACUUAGAAAGUAUAUGGACCUAGUUCAUGAAACUUGGCCAUAAGGUUAAUCAAGUAUUACUGAACAUCCUGCCUGAGUUUCAUGUCACAUGACCAAGGUCAAAGGUCAUUUAGGGUCAAUGAACUUAGACCAUGUUGGGGAAAUCAACAUCAAAAUCUUAACCUAAGGUUAAGUUUUUGAAAUGUCAUCAUAACUUAGAAAAUAUAUGGACCUAGUUCAUGAAACUUAUACAUAAGGUUAAUCAAGUAUCACUGAACAUCCUGCAUCAGUUUCACAUCACAUGACCAAGGUCAAAGGUCAUUUAGGGUCAAUGAACUUUGGCCGAAUGGGGGUAUCUGUUGAAUUACCAUCAUAACUUUGAAAGUUUAUGGAUCUGAUUCAUGAAACUUGGACAUAAUAGUAAUCAAGUAUUACUGAACAUCCUGUGCAAGUUUCAGGUCACAUGAUCAAGGUCAAAGGUCAUUUAGGGUCAAUGAACUUUGGCCAAAUUGGGGUAUUUGUUGAAUUACAGCCAUAAAUUUGAAAGUGUGUUGGUCUAGUUCAUAAAACUUGGACAUAAUAGUAAUCAAGUAUCACUGAACAUCCUGUGCGAGUUUCAGGUCACAUGAUCAAGGUCAAAGGUCAUGUAAGGUCAAAGAACUUUGGCCACGUUGGGGGUAUUUGUUGAAUUGCCAUCAUAUCUCUAUAAGUGUAUUGGUCUAGUUCAUAAAACGUGGAAAUAAGAGUAACCAAGUAUCACUGAACAUCUUGUGCGAGUUAUAGUAGUUUUCAAAAUCAGCACUGCUGCUAUAUUGAAUCGCGUGAUGCAGGUGAGACGGCCAGAGGCAUUCCACUUGUUCACCUUUACCUUUACCGGUAAUCCCAUAUCUUCGUAUCAAGCAUUCCAUCCUUGAUAUAAAGAAUGCCAUGUUGCUAACAACACUGAAUAUCAAGAAUUCAAAGCCUUUAUAUGAAGAAUCAUUUGUGAUGUUGACAAAAGGCAAUUCCUAUUAUCAAGUAAUGAGAUUAGGAAGCCUCAUAGUGUAGUGGUUCUGACUCUCACCUUGUAAUCAGAGGGUCGUGUGUUCGAAUACCAUCAUGGCCUAGCGUCCUUUGGCAAGGCGUCAAUCCACAAUUUGUCACUCUCCACCCAGGUUUUAAAUGGGUACCCGGUAGGAUGCGAAAACCUAUGUGGUACACCUAGCAAUUGAGUCUUGGAACUCUCAUUGGAAUGCUCCACAGGGAGUGGAGAAAGUACAUAUGUUGUAUGCAGGCAUGUCAGGAUCUGAUGACCGGGGUAAUAUAUAUGUGGAAAGCGCUGAGAGAUGUUUUGAUGUAUUUAGUGCUAUAUAUGAGUGGAUUAUUAUUAUGAAGAAAACAUCUUACCAUUGCCAUGUACGUCAGCAUAUGCUGGCUAAAACGUUCAUAUGUGACUGACCCCUAAGUAAAUGAAAUGAAAUGAGUAUGAAUGUGAGUGUAUGUGAGGAUCUAGUCCAGGUCCGGUUUCAUGAAUACUUGUUAUUAUAACAAAUGCACAUUCUCUGUAACAUUUUCUGUACUAUCAGCCAAUCAAAUUUAAGGAUUCAGUAGCUUUUAACUGUUUUUUGCAAAUUUGUUAUUCUAACAAGUUUUAUGACAUUGAACCCUGAGAUUGUUGGCUUGCAUUGAAAGAGAAGCUGACCACAUAAUAUGAAUGCUUUAACAUGUGUUGUAUUCUUGUUUGCAUGAAUGGUGAAUUAUAAGUAAGAAUCAUUGUGGUGUAGUGGUUCAGACUUCAGACACUCGCCUUGUAAUCAGAAGGUUGUGUGUUCUCAUCCCACCGUGGCCUAGCGACUUUUCAAAAGGCAUCGAUCCACACUUUGCCACUCUCCACCCAGGUGUUAAAUGGGUACCCGGUAGGAUGCUAAAGCCUAUGUAGUAUGCCUAUCAAUUACGUAUAAAAGCUCUUGCUUGACUAUUCCCUGGGGAGUGGACAAAGUGUAUUUGUUGUGUGCAGGCAAGCCAGAAUUCAAUGAAUGGGAUAAUGAUGUAUGUAUAAAGUGUUCCGAGUUGUUGGUUUGUUGUAUGAAGUGCUAUGUAAAAGUGGAAUAUUUUUAUUAUUUGUGAACAUCAACUACAUGUACCAACUCAGUUAUGCACACAUGGGGCUAUAUUCAGUUGACUCUCCUACUAUGGAUAGUAUCCUUCCUCAUUCAUUAUUUUGCUUUAUAUGACACCAAGAUAGAUCCUUGUCAUUUGAUUGGUUUGAUAUCGAUCAUUCAGCCCAUUUUACAAUAACGUCAUCAACCGUGCAAUUUUGGAUCCAUUCAUCGUGCAAUUUUGGAUCCAUACGAUUUUGUCCAUUGCACGCGUGCACCGAGACGGCAGGCACCACAAAAUAUUGCGCAUGUUGUAUGUACGCGAUACGGUAAUCAGCAGACCGAGCUCGCACUGCAUGACCAUAUAUUUCGCAUCGAAAUUCAUAAUUUUCAUGUGAAAAAGAAUCAAUUUUAGGUGUCAUAUAAAUCAAAUAAUGAAUGUUCUUUUCAUUCGUGCAAUGGACAGAAUACUUCAUUCGGUGAAAGAUGAAAUGAAUGAUCCAUUCAACUCGGCUACGCCUCGUCGAAUGGAUCAUUUCAUCUUUCACCUCAUGAAGUAUUCUGUCCAUUGCACGAAUGAACAUUCAUUAUUUGUAUAAGUACUGAUAACAUUUUUAUUAGUUUAUGUAAAGUAUUCUUUAACAUAUAAAGAUACAUCUGCCAUUACAAGCACUCUAAUGAAUAUUGUGUAAUGUCAUUAUCAUAUACUCAAGUAACUAUCUUUGCAAUAUAUUUUGUUAUAUUCAUUCUAUUUCAUUUUCCUGUACUUAUUAUGCAGUUGUCUUGUCAGUUUUGGUAUUUGUCUUAUCUGACCAAUAUUACAAUUUUCAUAUAUUUCUCAAAAUUUGAUGAGUGCAACUUAUAUAUUUUUUUAGGUUAGUGGGUCAUAUUUUUAGAACACCCAUUUCUAAAUGUGAUAUUACAAAUUCAAGAUUUUUCUGAACUGCCCUGUAAAAAAGAGAUUUUCACAACCUAUGUUAUUUAGAUUUAAGCAGAAAAGAUGUUAAACAAAUGUGUAAAUUAUAUGAAUAUUGCUUGGUAAUGGCAUAUAAUUAUAAGAUCCUAUUCAUGUAUUGGCUUGUCCGUGUCUAUCAUUAUAACUAUUUGUAUUUUGUUCAUUUGCACUGCAUGUUUCAACCUUUUUAGUAGGAUGUCAAUUUUUUUUAUAAUACUCUUGAGGAAAUGUAACUAGUCUCUUGCUUAUCAUAUUGACUGAUAACAUGUACAUGUAUUAUAUUCCGCAUACUAAGAAUCUAAGUUGGUCAUGUGAUAAAGGGUAGUUUCCCCAUCAAUCAUCGCUUGUGGUGAUGGACUUUUUUUGUUUCGCUGAUCUUUUUCAGCCCAUAAGGUCAUAAUGUGUAUGAAUUAGUUUGAGUACGCGCAAAAUAAAGAGGUCAUUGCCACUCGAUUUUUUGUUUCAUCAUUCACCAUCACCUGCAGUGAUGAUUGCGCAAGAUCUUGAUCCUCGCGCAGUGUACAUACGCGCUAUCAGUAAAACCUUGCACAAAAUAAAAGUGCAUUGCCCCUCAAUUGUUUUGUUGUGACGGUACAUUUUCUUUGUGAUGUAACAAUAAAUCUUGCUGGAGCAAGAUCUCGGAUGCUUGCGCAUUUUACAUACGCGUUAGCAUGAAAACAAGCAUAAUCAUCUCAAUGGAUUGAUUUUUCAAAGGAAACCUUGAUUGUUUUUUCAAAUCAAAAUUCUUCUUAUUGAGACGUAUUCAUAUCGGUGUCUUCGUUUAUAGUGUUCCCGAUGCGGAAUAUACAGCAUAUAAUCACCUAUUGAUUUCAUAUGACGAGGCAAACUAUCACUUCCCCAGCAAGGUGGAUCUAGCUAUCUUUCCUCAGCUUCACUUCGGAAAGAUAGCUGCAUCCAGCUUGCUUCGUAAGUGAUAGUUUGCCCAUUACCUUCACUUACAGUCCCAUUCAUAUUGAGAUCUUAAAAAUAUAAGGUUUUAACAUUUUUUUUGCUUGUGUCAUGAUGGCUUUUCUGUAAACUGAAAAGUUUGCCAUUUAUUUGCCAGAGCAUGGAUCCCAUGCAUUAAUGUAAUAAGCAUAAUUCUAAAAACAAGAUCCUUUUGUGAAAAAUAGUCCAGUCUUGGAGAUUACAUCACAGCCAACAUGAUUUAGAGAUUCGUCAUAUUACCAUGGUCAACAGCCAAGGCGUUAGGGGCCCCAUUCUUCUUAGAUGUAAAAAAGAAAUAGCAGUCUUUCUAUGGUCAAAUGGUGUGGAUUUCAAAGUUAUUAUCAUCAAAUGAUUUUGUUCAUGAGCAUGAGAUUAUAUAGUUGUAACUUAUCUUGAUGUAAUGCAGUCUAUUUGAUUUAUAACACAGCUUUUGAGCUCUUUGAUAUAGGUAGGCAUAUACAACUGACAAAGUUUGCAAUGAUUUGAUCUCUUGAGAUUAAGAUAAAUUGCCCUUUUAGUUUUUUGCAUUUAUCUUAUUCAGACUAUUGGCAGAGGUGUGUUUAUAGUCAUUAACAUUAUUUUCACUUUUUUCUCCCUAUUUUUUCAACCUUCUUGUUUUCAGUGUUCAUAAGAAUCUUCUUCAUAUUCAAAUGACUAGAUGGGAUUGUAGUAUUCAUCUGUGAUUUCUUUAAGACUUAUUGAUGAUGGAUAGAUUUUGAUUAAUCUAUACUCAGAAACUGUAUUUGAUUUUGUUAAUGAAAACAUUGUAAAAUGCUUUACAAUUGUAUUGAAUGUAUAACAUAUUGAGAGUAAGCAUUGAUAUGCUUUAAUUUAUAUUUUAAGUUAAACUUACAUGUAUAUGAAUUUAUGAAAGUUUAUGAUGAUCAUGAAUUGCUGGAGUUUAAUACUGCAUGCUUCCAAAGUUUGCCCGUAUGUGAGAAAGUAUCUGUUUGUUAAUAUUGCAGGCAUACACAAUAAAUCAAAGCCAAGAGAUAAUUAAAAAGUUGAAAUAAAACCAGUGUAUAUCAAGCAUUCUUAUUGAAGUUUAUAAUGUAAGCCUUUAACAAAAAAAAUCCUUUAUUCCAUGGAAUUCUCCAUACAAUUGGAGGUCACUAGACUUAUAAAAGUGGAAUCAAAGCUUUAGUAAUGAAAUUAUUUAUGUGAAACCAUAAAAAUAACAGUGUUUAAAGUUAGAAAGAAAUAAGACAAGGAAUAUGAAAAAAAAACCCUGAUAUAACUACUAAUGGGGUGUUGCAAGAAACUUAUUAAAGUUGAUUUUAGGUUCCAAAAUCAAUCAUAAGUCUUGAGAUCAAUUGAAAAUUUGCAAUUGAUCUCUGUCUGUUUCUUGUAUCAACAAGUGAAAAUUGAUUUGAUUUAGUUGAAAUUGAUCUAUCACUUGUAAAUUGCAACUGAAAUUUUCAAUUGAUCACAUAUAUUGCAACACCUCCUUAGACUAAGUUAAUUUCAACUUGGCAUUUUGAUAAAUAGACUGACAAGUUAUAGAGAUUACUUUUCUUUUUCAUGUUCAAAAUUUUUAGGAAUCAUUGUUUUUCUCUUCCAAUUUCCCCCCUGGGGCAAUAAUGAAAUGCAAGUAUUUGUCAUCAUAAAGAAAUUAUCACACAGAAUAACAGUUAUUUUUUAAAUGACAUUAUAUUGUGCAUUAGACGAGUGAAAUGACCUUUGUCCCUAUGUGACCAAUUUGAAAUUCUCGUAGAAUAUUGACCACAGCUAAACAACUUUUCAAAAUCUUUAACUUUCUUAUUCUUUGCCUGAUUUGAAAUUCCUUUCUAUUUGGAUCGGAUUCCACUUCAACAUCAGUAUCUUUCUAUUUAUCAGACAAAAAAAAAUAGAUUUUGAUAUAAUUUUUAUUCAAAUUCCCUAUUUGUUUUGUAACCAUGAAAAAUUAAUACAGUAGACAGUCAUUUAUGAGGUCUUAUUUUGAUUUAUUGAUAUUUUAAGUUUCAGUUAAAUUAUAAAGAUUUUAUUGUACAUGUUUGAAGGUUAAAGGAUUAAGAAAAUGAGCAUUAUCAAUAUUACAAUUGAUGAAUAAUGGAUGAAUGCAUAAUAAUAAUAAAAAAAGACAUUGAAACAGUUCAAGAAAACAAUCAAGCAGGCAAAUGUAAUAAAAUGCAUUCAUUACAAGUUAAUUCAUUCCUAUCAAUUUCUUUAUUCCUUGGCCCCUGAAUAUCUCAGUGCGAACUUAAUAAGAUAUGUCCCUUCACAUAAAGAUCUUAACAGAGUUAUCUGCUUGAGUGUCCAGUUGUUCAGACCAAGUUCUAUGGGGAGAGAUCAUUUUGUCAUGCUGCCCCAAAACUUUGGAAUACGAUCCCUUCUUCCAUCUACAUGCUCUGCAUGGCAAAAGUUGCCUCAAAACUUAUUUGUUUAAGCGGUUUUAUGAUUGAGACAGUCUACAUGAUAAUAGCUUAUAUCCUCACUUGCUUUGUAUAUUUUCUUAUUAAGCGCAUAGAGACACCAAUGGACAGUGAUAUGUGCUAUACAAGCAAAUUCGUAUUAUUAUUA